AUGCUCGUACUCCUUUCUGUUAUUUCUCUUGCUGGCAUUUUGCAGUGCGUCAGCGCUGUCUCGGUUUGGGGUCAAUGUGACUCUGGAACUACUUGCGUUUAUCUCAACGACUAUUAUUCUCAAUGUCAGCCCUCCAGCUCCGCGACGACGACCACUACUUCUUCGACUACAUCUUCCACAGCACUGAGUGGCCUCAAUACUAAGUUCACCGCGAAGGGAAAACUCUUCUGGGGUGCUGCAGCCGACCAAGGUACCAUAACCAUCUCCGCGAACGAAGCCCUCCUAAAAUCCGAAUUCGGGGCGGUUACUCCCGAGAAUUCCAUGAAGUGGGAUGCGACCGAAAGCACCCAAGGAACCUUCACCUUUUCUGAGUCCGACUAUCUAGUGAACUGGUCUGUCUCGAACAGUAAGAAAAUCCGUGGUCAUACUCUAGUGUGGCACUCUCAGCUCCCUUCGUGGGUCUCUGCUAUUACGGACGCGGCCACCCUGACGUCUGUCAUUCAAACACAUAUCGCCAAUGUAGCUGGGCAGUACUCUGGUAAACUCUAUGCUGAUUCACCAAUGCAAAAUCAGUGGGAUGUUUGCAAUGAGGUCCUAAAUGAAGACGGUACUCUUCGGUCGAGUGUGUUCUACAACGUUCUCGGGGAGUCCUUCAUUACCAUCGCGUUCAAAGCUGCAAGAGCUGCAGAUCCUACAGCAAAAUUAUACAUCAACGAUUACAACCUCGACUCAAACAACGGCAAGGUCCAAGGAAUGGUUGCUCUUGUUAAGCGGAUCAAUGCCGACGAACAGCUGAUCGAUGGUAUCGGCACACAGAUGCACUUAUCGGCUGGCGGCUCGAGCGGUGCAGUCGCAGCUCUGACAGCCCUGGCAGGGGCAGGUACAGAUGUUGCCAUCACCGAGCUGGAUAUUGCCGGUGCGAGCGCAUCUGACUAUACCACCGUCGUUGAUGCCUGUCUUUCCGUCUCUGCUUGCGUCUCAAUCACCAGCUGGGGAGUUAGUGAUGUUAACUCUUGGCGCGCCAGCUCGACACCUCUGUUGUUCGACAGCAGCUACCAGCCAAAGGUGGCGUACACUGCGGUUAUAUCUGACCUGUCUUGAAUGCAUGUUUUCCCG